CUCUUAUAUGUAUGUAUGUAUACGCCACAAAGAACAAAGCACUAUUCCAAGCAUGUCACAAGUAAUUGUUAUGAUGUAAACAAAAGCACGUAGCAUAGUUGUUAAAAACGAUUAUAUAUCCAAAACAAAAAUUUAUUUGUAUAAUUUAGCGCAACACCAAAUGGCUGGAGAUAAAAGUAUACUUAGUUUACGAUUUAAUCAGGAUCAAGGUUGUUUUACAUGUUGUAUGGAAUCUGGUCUUAGAGUGUAUAAUGUAGAACCAUUAGCUGAAAAAGCACAUUUAGAAAAUGAUUUAAUGGGAAGUAUAGCUAUAGCAGAAAUGCUUUGGAGAACAAAUAUUAUUGCUAUAGUGGGAGGUGGUAUAAGGCCAAAGUUUGCAGAAAAUACAGUACUUAUUUAUGAUGAUUUAUCUAAAAAGUUUGUAAUGGAAAUUACAUUCACCAGCCCUAUUAAGGCUGUUAGAUUACGCAGAGACAAGAUGAUAGUAGCACUUCAACGUGAAAUACAUGUAUUUUCAUUCCCUAUGCCCACAAGAAGAUUAUUGACUUUAGAAACAAGGGACAAUCCGAAAGGUUUAAUCGAAGUUGCUACUUUAGCUACUGCACAAAAACAGCUACUUGCUUUCCCUGGUCACAAGCAAGGUAGUGUACAGUUACUUGACCUUGGUGCUACAGAAGCUGGAAGUUCCAGUGCCCCUGCAACUCUUGCAGCACAUCAAGGUGCAUUAGCAUGUCUGGCAGUUAACAGUAGUGGAACUAUGAUUGCAACUGCUUCCACUCAAGGUACUCUAGUAAGAGUAUGGGAUAGUAUACGCAAACAUUUAUUAGUAGAAUUGAGAAGAGGUGCUGAUCCUGCUACACUGUAUUGUAUUACCUUCAGCAGAGACUCGGAAUUUUUAUGUGUUUCUAGUGACAAAGGAACAGUACAUAUAUUUGCAUUGAAAGACACACAAUUAAAUCGCCGAUCAACUUUCUCAAAAAUGGGGUUUUUGGGAAAUUAUAUUGAAAGUCAGUGGGCUUUGGCCACUUUCACAGUACCACCAGAAUGUGCUUGUGUGUGUGCAUUUGGCACACGGAGUUCUGUUAUAGCCAUCUGUAUGGAUGGAACAUUUCAUAAGUAUGUUUUCACUGCUGACGGAAAUUGCAACCGUGAGGCAUUUGAUGUCUUCCUGGAUGUUUGUGAUCAUGAUGAUUUUUAAAAUAUAAUACAUAGUAUAUUUAUAAGAUUCCAUGCCUGUGGGAGUUUCUAGUCAUCCUAAGAAUGAAACUUCUUGCAGCAAAUGUCUGUAUAAUAAUGUAAUUACAUUAAUAACUGUAAAGAAAGCUACAAGUCAUUACAUUUAUUAACUUUGUAACAUAA